AUGCGCCCGCCGUCAGCAAGCGCUAAGCGGGCACGAGGGACGCCGCCACCCGUGCGCGUGCUCAGCGAGGGAGAGGCGCUUGCCAAGCCGUCGACUGAUGAUCGGAGCUACAGGCUGGUCGAGCUGCCAAAUGCGAUGCGCGUGCUGCUGAUAUCCGACCCACAGAUGUCGGCGGAGGAGGACACCGGCGACGGCCACGGCGAUGAGGACGAGGGCGAGGGCGACAGUGAGGAGGGCGAGGAGGGCGAGGAGGGCGAGGAGGAGGGCGAGGGCGCGGACUCGGAGGGCGAGGGCGCGGACUCG